UCAUCUAAAGAGAACAUGCCAAGUUGGCAAGUAGGCCCAUUGUCCAUAAGCACACCCACUGAAAUCCAACCUUUUUGCAUUGUCACAAGUCAUAUGCCAGCCCGCGUUUUCCGAUACGUGGCCCCCACCUCCCAUGUGCUCAGUCUCUCUCAAUUACUCACUCACUCACUCCACUCUCCUCCAUGCCACCCCACACCACCUGUCUCCGCCACCACCCAUCUCCAUCUCCAUCUCCAUCUCCAUCUCUUCUUCUUCACUCUCCCCACACUCACCACCACCAGUACCACCACCACCACCAUGAUGACAACAACUCACUUCCCCAUUCUCCUCUCCCUCUCCCUCUUCUUCUUCCUCCUCACCGUUCACUCCCAACCAACCUCACCAGACACCGCCGCAAUGCUCGCUCUCCGAACCUCCCUCGACCCGCCGGAGUCUCUCGGCUGGUCCGGCCCGGACCCGUGUACAUGGACCCGCGUCGUCUGUUCGGAGGAAAAACGGGUCACCCGGAUCCAAAUCGGUCGCCAGAGCCUCCAUGGAACCCUCCCAAACAGCACCACUUUCCAAACGCUAACCGAGCUCGAACGCUUGGAGCUUCAGUUCAACAACAUCUCGGGUCCUCUUCCAAGCCUCAACGGGUUAACCUCCCUGCAAGUUCUCAUCCUCAGCAACAACCGCUUCACUUCCAUCCCCGACGAUUUCUUCGGCGGUCUCACUGAGCUUCAGUCGGUGGAGAUCGACAACAACCCGUUCCAACGGUGGGAGAUUCCCGAGAGCCUCCGUGACGCGUCGUCGCUGCAAAACUUCUCCGCCAACUCCGCCAACAUCACCGGGAGAAUCCCAGAUUUCUUGGCGCUUCCGGGGUUGACCCAUUUGCAUUUAGCCUUCAAUGGUCUUGAGGGUGUGCUUCCUUCGAGCUUUGGUUCGUUGCAGCUUCAGACUCUCUGGCUGAACGGGCAAGAGGAUGGUGCUGACAGGCUUGGGGGCGCUGUUGAUGUUUUGCAGAACAUGACUUCUCUGACUCGGGUUUGGUUGCAAUCCAAUGCUUUUUCUGGGUCAUUACCUGAUUUCUCAGGUUUGCAAAGCUUGGAGGAUUUGAGUUUGAGGGAUAACUCUUUCACGGGUCCUGUUCCUGGUUCAUUGGUGGGACUCAAGUCACUCAAAUCUGUGAGCUUGACCAAUAACAUGUUUCAGGGGCCUGUGCCUGUGUUUGGUGCUGGGGUUAAGGUGGAUUUGGAGGAUGAUUCGAAUAGGUUUUGCUUGCCGGGUCCGGGUGAUUGUGAUAACAGGGUGAAUGUUUUGCUUUCCAUUGUUCAGUCUAUGGGGGAUCCUAAAAGGUUUGCGGAUAAUUGGAAGGGGAAUAAUCCAUGUGCUGAUUGGAUUGGGAUUACUUGUAAGGAUGGUAACAUUGCUAUUGUUAAUUUUCAGAAGAUGGGUCUCACUGGCACUAUAUCACCCAAGUUUGCCUCACUUAAAUCACUGCAAAGAUUGGUGCUUGCUGAUAAUAAUCUCACCGGUUCGAUUCCAGAGGAGCUUACCUCCCUGCCUGGGCUUGCUGAAUUGAAUGUUGCAAACAAUCAGCUUUAUGGAAAGAUCCCUAGUUUUAAGAGCAAUGUGAUUGUUACCAGUAAUGGUAACCCGGAUAUUGGGAAGGAUAAGCCCAGCCCAUCACCUAAAGGUCCAUUGUCACCAAACUCGACAGCGCCGGACACAAGGGAAGAAAAUGGUAGCAAAAAAUCUAACCAUGUUGGAGUAAUUGUGCUUGCUGUGAUUGGGGGUGUAGUGUUGAUAUUGGGGAUUGGUUUGCUAGUUUUCUGCUUGCUUAGGAUGAAGCAAAAACGGCUAAGCAGGGUUCAGAGCCCAAAUGCACUGGUUGUUCACCCUCGUCAUUCCGGAUCAGAUAAUGAAAGUGUGAAGAUAACAGUUGCAGGUUCAAGUAUCACUGUUGGCGCUGUUAGUGAAACCCGUACAGUACCUAGCAGUGAGACAGGGGACAUUCAGAUGGUUGAAGCAGGAAACAUGGUUAUUUCUAUACAAGUCCUGAGGAAUGUCACAGACAAUUUCAGCGAGAGAAACAUAUUGGGACAAGGAGGUUUUGGAACAGUCUAUAAAGGUGAACUGCAUGAUGGUACCCAAAUUGCAGUGAAAAGAAUGGAGUCUGGGGCCAUAACUGGGAAAGGUGCAACUGAGUUUAAGUCUGAAAUUGCUGUUUUGACCAAGGUUCGCCACCGGCAUCUUGUUUCUCUACUUGGCUACUGCUUGGAUGGGAAUGAGAAGCUUCUGGUGUAUGAGUACAUGCCUCAAGGGACGUUAAGUAGGCAUCUCUUUGACUGGCUAGAAUAUGGAUUGAAACCACUGGAGUGGAAUAGAAGAUUGACCAUUGCCUUGGAUGUGGCAAGGGCGGUUGAGUACCUUCACAGCUUGGCCCAUCAAAGCUUUAUACAUAGGGACUUGAAGCCUUCAAACAUUCUACUUGGAGAUGAUAUGAGGGCAAAGGUUGCAGAUUUUGGGCUUGUGCGUCUUGCUCCGGAAGGAAAAGCUUCAAUAGAAACAAGAAUUGCGGGAACUUUUGGAUAUUUGGCUCCAGAAUAUGCAGUUACUGGUCGCGUGACAACUAAAGUUGAUGUAUACAGCUUUGGGGUAAUAUUGAUGGAACUGAUAACUGGAAGAAGAGCAAUUGAUGAGACCCAACCGGAGGAUAGUAUGCACCUGGUAACAUGGUUCCGUAGAAUGUAUGUAAAUAAGGACUCAUUUCCUAAGGCCAUUGACAGCACAAUAGAGCUCAAUGAGGAAACACUUGCUAGUAUUCACACCGUAGCGGAGUUAGCAAGCCACUGUUGUGCAAGAGAGCCAUAUCAAAGGCCCGACACGGGUCAUGCUGUGAAUGUGCUUUCUUCUCUUGUCGAGCUAUGGAAACCAUCGGAACACAGUUCUGAAGAUAUAUAUGGCAUAGACCUAGACUUGUCCUUACCACAAGCACUAAAGAAGUGGCAGGCCUUUGAAGGUAGAAGCGAAAUGGAAUCUUCUUCUUCUUCACUCCUUCCGAGCUUGGAUAACACUCAGACAAGCAUUCCCCCGCGUCCAUACGGGUUAGCCGAUUCCUUUACAUCAGCAGAUGGGAGGUGAUCAUGUUUAGUUGUAAAUAAUUGUAAUGGUGGUUCUGUAGUUUGUUGUUCUUCAUUCUCCUUGCUUCUUGCUGUAGUUUCUUAUUUGAACUUGGUUAUCAUUUUUCAUGGUGUAGUAGUUUCUUCCACAGUUAAAUCCUAUUACUUCUUCAGAGUUUGGUUGCAGCAUUUUACUGCAAAAUUGAGAUAAGAUUCUUAGCUGAAUAUUUACUUCUCAUCUUAUGUUCG